CGUAACGUAGCUUCUCGUUCUUUCCUCUCUUCUUCUUCUGUUCCAUUCACUUUUCCUUUGUAUUUUUUUUUCUUUUCGCUCAUUUUUGUAUUCUAUUUCCCCUUAUUUGUUUCCGCAAUCAUCAUAAAAUCUGAACUUUCUAGAAUUUAACAAUCAGAUUUCUCAUCUCUGGUGAACGAAACAAACACCUUCUUUAAGGAAUUAUUAAUUAUCGUCUUUGAUGGCUCCGCCGCCGGUGGAGCAAAACGGAGAUGCAACGACGGGAACGGCGGAAUCACAAAGGUCUAUUCCGACACCGUUCUUGACUAAAACGUAUCAAUUGGUUGAUGAUCACACGAUUGACGACGUGAUUUCGUGGAACGACGACGGAUCUACUUUUAUCGUUUGGAAUCCCAUGGUGUUCGCUCGUGAUUUGCUUCCUAAAUAUUUCAAGCAUAACAAUUUCUCUAGUUUUGUUCGUCAACUCAAUACUUAUGGAUUUAGAAAAGUGGUGCCCGAUCGAUGGGAAUUCUCUAACGAUUAUUUUCGACGAGGUGAAAAGCGACUUUUGUGCGAAAUCCAGCGACGGAAGAUCUCGUCGCCAACAGCAGCAGCUGUUACGGUGGCUCCGGUGACGGUUGCGGCUAUUCCAAUGGCGAAGCCUAUUAUAUCACCGUCGAAUUCUGGAGACGAGCAAUCUCCAGUCAUUUCAUCGGCCUCAUCGCCUUCAAGGCUGAACCAAGCAGGAACCGUUAUGGCCGAGCUCAUGAAAGAAAACGAAAAAUUGAGGAAAGAGAACGUGCAGCUUAACAAACAAUUAUCAGAGAUGAAGAGCUUGUGCAAUAAUAUAUUCAGUUUGAUGUCGAAUUACGCAAGUUCUCAGUCGGAGAACAUUUCUCCCGUGCACAAACCGCUAGAUUUCUUGCCGGCGAAGCGGUUAUCAUGGGGAGAAUCAGUCGAAGAAGAAACGAGUCCGAGGUUAUUCGGCGUUCCAAUAGGAGGAGCGGCAAAGCGGGCCAGGGAAGAAGGAGAAGGCGUAGGGACGGAAGCGGCGACGGCAGCAGACGAAACGCAAUUACAACUGCAACAGCCCGGUGGAAGUGAGAUUAUUAAAUUAGAGCCGUUGGAUUGCCAGAACCGAGGGCGCGAUGAUGAUCGUGGGAUCCAAGACGCGCCGUGGCUUCGGCAGGUGCACCGAGCGAAUCAAAGGGUUUGUAAUUGAUUUUUCUUUUUUUGGGUUCGGGUUUUUUAGGUAGCUUUUUGGUCGGGCAUCGGGUUGUGGAUGAUGAUUACGGUGAUCAGACCGGAAUAUUCACGUGCGAAUGAAACGCACAUGAUUUCUGAAACCUUGAGGGAGGACCCACCCCCCACUUCAAGAACUUUCGUGGGACAUCUUUCCAUAUAUAAAAUAUAUAUAUAUAAAUA